AUGACCGACCAAGGAGGAGGAGGAGGACAAAACAACAUGCAAACAAUGACCCCGGAACAGCGCGAACAAGCGUUCGCGAUGGCGAACCAAGAGAUGGAAUACCGAGUGGAUUUAUUCAACAAAUUGGUGCACUCGUGUUACGAGAAGUGCAUCGAUAAGAGGUUUAAAGACGGCGAUUUGAACGUCGGGGAAACCGCGUGCGUGGACAGGUGCAGCUCGAAGUAUUGGCAAAGCGUGGGGAUUGUCGGGCAAUUGCUCGGGGCGAAUCAGCAGCAGCAACAGCAGCCGUGA